AGUCGCGGCGGGAGGAGGACAGCGCCAUUCCGGCCGGCCGCUCCCUCUGUCCCCUUCCCUUCCCCGCAGUGGCCCGCGAGCCACCAGGGAAGGAGCGCGCGCGCGCGUGACGCGUCCGGGCUUGCUCGCGUCCUCCCGCGCCCCAGCGUCCGCCGGCCGCUCAUGGCCCGGGCCGCGGCCGACGAGCCGCUCUGAGGCGGGCCGCACGGAGUCGUGGGGCCGCCACCGUGGCCCUCGCUGUCCACGCCUCGCCGCCAGCCCGCGGUGCCCGCGCACGCCGGCCGCCAUCGCCUUCGCGCCUGGCUGGCGGGGGCGCUGCCCUCCCCGGGCGUCCGCGCCGCUCCCUGGAGCUCGGCGGAGCGUGGCAGUCAGGGCCGGCGGAGGCGCGAGGAGCCGGACGCCGCCGGUAUCGCCGCCGGCGCCGCAGGGGCCAUGACUGUGGAGCAGAACGUGCUGCAGCAGAGCGCGGCGCAGAAGCACCAACAGACGUUUUUGAAUCAGCUGAGAGAAAUUACUGGGAUUAAUGAUGCCCAGAUACUACAGCAAGCCUUGAAGGAUAGUAAUGGAAACUUGGAACUAGCAGUGGCUUUCCUGACUGCGAAGAAUGCCAAGACCCCUCAGCAGGAGGAGACAACUUACUACCAAACAGCGCUUCCUGGCAAUGAUAGAUACAUCAGUGUGGGAAGCCAAGCAGAUACAAGAAAAAAACAGUAUAUGCCCACCAGAACGAGAUGUGCUACAAUUGAGCAAUCAAAGUAUGGAUCAAAAGAUAAGAGGGAUUUGGAUGUGAUUGAUCUCACUGGAGAUGAUAAAGAUGAUCUUCAGAGAGCAAUUGCCUUGAGUUUGGCGGAAUCAAACAGGGCGUUCAGGGAGACUGGAAUAACUGAUGAGGAGCAAGCCAUUAGCAGAGUUCUCGAAGCCAGCAUAGCAGAAAAUAAAGCAUGUUUGAAGAGGACACCUACUGAAGUUUGGAGAGAUUCUCGAAACCCUUAUGAUAGAAAAAGGCAGGACAAAGCUCCUGUUGGACUAAAGAAUGUUGGCAAUACUUGCUGGUUUAGUGCUGUUAUUCAGUCAUUAUUCAAUCUUUUGGAAUUUAGAAGACUAGUUCUGAAUUACAAGCCUCCAUCAAAUGUUCAAGAUUUACCCCGAAACCAAAAGGAGCAUCGGAAUUUGCCUUUUAUGCGUGAGCUUCGGUAUCUAUUUGCACUUCUUGUUGGUACUAAAAGGAAAUAUGUUGAUCCAUCAAGAGCAGUUGAAAUUCUUAAGGAUGCUUUCAAAUCAAAUGACUCCCAGCAGCAAGACGUGAGUGAGUUUACACACAAAUUAUUAGAUUGGUUAGAAGAUGCCUUCCAAAUGAAAGCUGAAGAGGAGACGGAUGAAGAGAAGCCAAAGAACCCCAUGGUAGAGUUGUUCUAUGGAAGAUUCCUAGCUGUGGGAGUGCUUGAAGGUAAAAAAUUUGAAAAUACUGAAAUGUUUGGUCAGUACCCACUUCAGGUCAAUGGAUUCAAAGAUCUACAUGAGUGCCUAGAAGCUGCCAUGAUUGAAGGAGAAAUUGAGUCUUUACAUUCAGAAAAUUCAGGAAAAUCUGGCCAAGAGCAUUGGUUUACCGAACUACCACCUGUGUUAACAUUUGAAUUGUCAAGAUUUGAGUUUAAUCAGGCAUUGGGAAGACCAGAAAAAAUUCACAACAAAUUAGAAUUUCCUCAAGUUUUGUAUCUGGACAGAUACAUGCAUAGAAACAGAGAAAUAACAAGAAUUAAGAGGGAAGAGAUCAAGAGACUAAAAGAUUACCUCACAGUAUUACAACAAAGACUUGAAAGAUAUUUAAGCUAUGGUUCGGGUCCCAAACGAUUCCCAUUGGUGGAUGUUCUGCAGUAUGCAUUGGAAUUUGCCUCAAGUAAACCUGUUUGCACUUCUCCUAUUGAUGACAUUGAUGCUAGUUCCCCAUCUAGUGGUUCUGUACCAUCACAGACAUUACCAAGCACAACAGACCAGCAGGGAGCUCCUUCUUCAGAACUGCCAAGCACAUCACCCGCAUCAGUGGCUGCUAUUUCAUCGAGAUCAGUAAUACACAAACCAUUCACUCAGUCUCGGAUUCCUCCAGAUUUGCCCAUGCAUCCAGCACCAAGACACAUAACAGAAGAAGAACUCUCUGUGCUAGAAAGCUGUUUACAUCGCUGGAGGACAGAAAUAGAAAAUGACACCAGAGAUUUGCAGGAAAGCAUAUCUAGAAUCCAUCGCACAAUUGAACUAAUGUACUCUGACAAAUCUAUGAUCCAAGUUCCUUAUCGCUUACAUGCUGUUUUAGUUCAUGAAGGCCAAGCUAAUGCCGGGCACUACUGGGCAUACAUUUUUGAUCAUCGUGAAAACAGGUGGAUGAAGUACAAUGAUAUUGCUGUAACAAAAUCAUCAUGGGAAGAGCUAGUGAGGGACUCUUUUGGUGGUUAUAGAAAUGCCAGUGCAUACUGUUUAAUGUACAUAAAUGAUAAGCCACAAUUCUUAAUACAAGAGGAGUUUAAUAAAGAAACUGGGCAGGCCCUUGUUGGAAUAGAAACACUACCACCAGACUUAAGAGAUUUUGUUGAGGAAGACAACCAGCGAUUUGAGAAAGAACUAGAAGAAUGGGAUGCACAACUUGCCCAGAAAGCUUUACAGGAAAAACUUUUAGCAUCUCAGAAGUUGAGAGAGUCAGAGUCUUCUGUGACAGCAGCACAAGCAGGAGAACCAGAAUAUCUAGAGCAGCCAUCAAGAAGUGAUUUCUCAAAGCACUUGAAAGAAGAAACUAUUCGAAUAAUUACCAAGGCAUCACAUGAGCAUGAAGAUAAAAGUCCUGAAACAGUUUUGCAGUCGAAACCUGAAAAUACCACAAGCCAACCACCUUCUAACCAGCAAGUUAUAGAGGUGGCGAUUCCUCAUGUAGGGAAAUUUAUGAUUGAGUCAAAGGAGGGGGGUUAUGAUGACGAGAUCAUGAUGACGCCGAACAUGCAAGGUAUUAUCAUGGCGAUAGGUAAAUCCAGGAAUGUAUAUGACAGGUGUGGCCCUGAAGCAGGGUUCUUUAAGUUCCAUUGCCAUACAAAAAGUCUUCUUCAACCCAAGGCAAUUAAGUUGGAAUAUUCAAGGUUGGUUAAAUUGGCCCAAGAAGAUACCCCACCAGAAACAGACUAUCGCUUACAUCAUGUAGUAGUCUACUUUAUCCAGAAUAAGGCUCCAAAGAAAAUCAUUGAGAAAACAUUGCUAGAACAAUUUGGAGAUAGAAAUUUGAGUUUUGAUGAAAGGUGUCACAACAUAAUGAAAGUUGCUCAGGCCAAAAUUGAAAUGAUAAAACCUGAAGAAGUAAACUUGGAGGAGUAUGAGGAGUGGCAUCAGGAUUAUAGGAAAUUCAGGGAGACAACCAUGUAUCUGAUAAUUGGGCUAGAAAAUUUUCAAAGAGAAAGUUAUAUAGAUUCCUUGCUGUUCCUUAUCUGUGCUUACCAGAAUAACAAAGAACUCUUGUCCAAAGGCCCGUUCAGGGGACAUGAUGAAGAAUUGAUAUCACAUUAUAGAAGAGAAUGUUUACUAAAAUUAAAUGAGCAAGCUGCAGAACUGUUUGAAUCUGGAGAGGAUCGAGAAGUAAACAAUGGCCUGAUUAUCAUGAACGAGUUUAUUGUUCCAUUUUUGCCCUUGUUACUGGUGGAUGAAAUGGAAGAGAAAGAUAUGCUUGCUGUAGAAGAUAUGAGAAACCGAUGGUGUUCCUAUCUUGGACAAGAAAUGGAAUCAAAUCUCCAAGAGAAGCUGACAGACUUUCUGCCAAAACUGCUCGAUUGUUCUACGGAGAUUAAAGGUUUCCAUGAGCCGCCGAAGUUACCUCCGUACUCCACGCAUGAACUCUGUGAGCGAUUUGCCCGAAUCAUGUUGUCCCUCAGUCGAACGCCUGCUGAUGGAAGAUAAACUGCACAUACUUUCCCUAAACACACUGUAUAAACGUUUUUUAGUUCUUAACCCUUGCCUUCCUGUCACAGGGUUUGCUUGUUGCUGCUAUAGUUUUUAACUUUUUAUUUUAAUAACUGCAAAAGACAAAAUGAUUCUACAGACUUUAGCCAGACCACAAACAAUAAAGCUGAGAAUCGCAUGGCGCUCAGACAUUGUUUUAACCAGAACUGAUGUAUAAUUACAAAUCCGAUUGAUUUUAUUAUGGCAAAACCAUGCUUUUGCCACUUUUCUGUUACAGUAUUACUUUGCUUUUUUCUUUAUCUACAGCUUUCCAUUCAGUCUGGAUCCUCCGUGACUACAGCCAUUUAAGUGUUCAGCACUGUGUACAAUACAUAAUAUUUGGUAGCUUGUAAAUGAAAUUAAAGAAUAAAGUUUUAUUUAUGGCUACCUAUGUGUUUGUAAGCAGGUAUAUUGUAUAUUAGUGUAUUUUUUUAGUUAUAUAAAUGAUUUUGUCUGGGGACUGUUUAAGAUUGGGUGAUAAAAAGAUUGAUACAGACUUUUAAUUUUGAUCUAAUGUUAGCAAGCUAGAUAUUUACUAAGUAUUUGACACUUAAAUAUAUCUAUAUUUUUGACUAAGUUGUUAAACUUAGUGUGGCACCUAAACCUGUUUUGAAUUCAAAUCAGGUUUUCACUGAAGUGAGCGGCUAAUAUUUAAGUCAACCACACUGAAACUUUUAACCUUUUCUUAGAUUAACCUUUUAUUUUUUUAUGUAUUUACGUAUAGUAUAGCAAGGUAAUUAUUUCAAGAGAUACCGGGAAAAAAGUACUUGAAUAAGGGCUAUUUAAUAGUGAAACUUAUAAGAAAUAUGUAUAUGUAUAUAUAUACAUACAUACACACAUGUACACACACACAUUCUUCAUAAUGGAGGACAGUGUUUGCAUUAUAUAAUCAUUCUAUUUUUGUAAAUUGUAUACUACUUUAAUUGAAAAUGUUCUCUACUAAUCAAUGCUGUGAAAUGAAGUUGAUAUUGUUGAACUAGUUAUGAGUAUCUUACCUGCAUUUAUUUACCUCCUUUUCAAAAAGGAAAAAGCUGUAGAACAUUUUGUAGAUUGAACUGCUGUUUAAGAUUAAUGAAGUAAUAUUGUGAAUGAAAUUCAAUGCUUUAAAGGUAAUCACGUUACCAACAACCUAUUUUUGAAUUUAUAAAAAUUUCUUUAUAAAUGAUACUUUGUUAGCAUAGUAAAAUAUAUCAUUAUACUAUGUGUAUGUUUGUUAUAGCGUCGCCAAAACAAGUGCUCUUUAUAAGUGCCUCUCAUAAGAGAUCCUGGAUGGAGGAGGAACAAGAAAAUAUUAAGCUAUUAUAUAAUACUCCUUAUAAGGUAUCAAUGUACAGCUAAGGUAUUAAUGACAAAGAAUUGGUACUAUUUCUGUUGUAAAGUUAGAUUUUGCAUAUUAUAGCCAUCGGAAUGUGUUUUGGUUUAGAUUUUAAAUUCUCUACUGAGCAGAAUUAGUAUUCUGCAUCAGAGUCCUGUUGAAAGCUUAGAAACUUCAUAUGUAUCAUCAAAGCAUUUAUAAAGUAUGUUAAAUAUUUUAUGGUAUUCCACCAUAAUGGUAAAGUUGUUUGUGUUUAUGUGUGUAAUUGACCACUGAGACACAAACUGCUAAAUACCAUAUGGAAAUUACUCCUUUUACAAGGCACAUCCAGGUAAGUAUUAUUAUCAUAUUUACUCUGUACUUAAAAGCCAGUUUAUUCAUUCCUAGUUAUGAACCUGAAGUUCUUAUUUAAAGAAGUGACUUUUUUCAAGACCUAGGAAAACAGUUUGUUUUUAUAUCAGCUUUUAAUCUAGUCUUAAGUUUUAGGUCAGUGAAAUUUUCUUACAUUAUUUACUGGAUUAAAUAUAACUUAUGGCUAGUAAUUUAAAAAUUGAAACCGCAUAGAGCUGUUGUCCGUGGCAGAUUUCACUCUGAUUUAAUGAUUCUCGUUUUCAUUACUAUAGUACUCCCUUCCCACUCCCCCAGAAUUACAUUUUGAAAUAAUUUAGGGUAGAAUUCAAAUAGAUAGAAGUGAAGACUUGUAGGAACUUCGUACAAACAUUGUGUAUAAGGAGACUAUAGCCAUGAGUGAACCUGUGAUGAGACCCCAUGAUACUUUUCAGAUUCGUUAAGAUACAAUAUACUACAAAAUAAGUAGUUCUCAAAGUGUGGUCUCCAGACCCGCAGCUUUUCGGCAUCAUCUGGGGACAUGUUAGAACUGAAAAUUUUUGAGCCCCACAUCAAAACUACUGACUAACACUUGUUAAAACUUGAAGAGUUAACAAGUUUGAACAAGUCCUUGAGAAGAUUUUGAGAUCUGCUGAAGGCUGAGAACCACAGCACUAAGUAAAACUAUCAGUAGCAUUUUAUACACCUUAAAUGGAUGAUAUUUAACUUCUGUUCACUUUUGAAUCCUUGUUGUUGGAAACUCAUUAUGUGCCUCACUGGCAAUUUCAAGGAAGUGACUAAAAAUUCUUUUGCUUGGUUUUAGAUUUGAGACUGAGGUGGAUCCUCUCCUCCUGUAUCUAAUUCUCUAUAUCUAGUUCAGUGCCUUUGUUUUAUGAUUCAGAAUUGUUGACUUCGGCUUCUGAGUCCUGUUGUCAUCCCCUAGUGUACAAUCUCACAGCAUACUUGGGAAGAGUGAGUAGGGAUACACUUGUAUAAUCAUUUUUUUUUUAAUUUACUUUACAUUGUUAAACAGGUUAAAUAUUAUUUGUUGUGUCCAUGAUAACCUCAUCUGAAAUAAGUGUAUUAUUCUGUUAGGGCUGCCAUAAGUACCACAGACUGUGUGGCUUAAAAAAAUAAGUUUAUUUCCUCACAGUUUUAGAGGCUUAGAAGUCCAAGAUCAAUAUGUUUGCAGGUUUAGUUUCUCCUGAGGCCUCUCUCCUUGCCUUGAAGAAGGUAGCCUUCUCACUUUUUCCUCACAUGGCCUUUUCUCUGUGCAUAUGUGCAUCUCUGGUGUCUCUUCCUGUUCUUACAAGGAUACCAGUCAUACUGGAUUGGGGCCCCACCCUUACAACCUCAUUUAAUCUUAAUUACCUCUUUAAAGGUCCUAUUUCCAAAUACAGUCCAUUGGAGGUAAGGGCUUCAACAAAUGAAUUUGGGGGUGGGAGACACAGUGCAGUCCACAGUAUGUGACGGCCCAGUUUAUAUACCUCCAUUCCAGACGCAAAAGUAUUGUUGUUACAGGAUCACUGUGCAAAUAUCUGUAGUUCUGUACUUUCAUCUGCUUUUUUUUUUUAAUAAACUUUCAACUUUAUUCUAAAAAUUGUAUCAGUUAUAGCAAACCAAGUUAGAAGUUGCUCGCAAUACAUCCAUCUAAUCAUUUCAGUGUGUUUUCAUUGAACAGAUUUUUGCUGAAUGAAUGAAAUAGUUCAUGAUGGCUUGCCCUCGUUCAUAUGUUUAUUAGUUUCACUUAACAUUAUACCAUAGAUCUGUUUCUGUUUUGCUGGUGUUUUUAUUCUUACCUACUUUAUAUCCCUAUUCCCCAGCCAGUACUGGAGGCACUGGUGUUAAGCAUUGUGAACACGUGUUUUUCCAUGUUUUGAUAUGUUAUGCGGUGCAUACACGUAAGCAUUGGUGGGGGUUUUUUUAGGGGGGAUGUGGGUGAAAAGGGAGGAGGGGGUCAUUGCUUUUAAAAAAUGAGAAAAAGUCUGUUUUACACAUGCUUCCCCCUCCCCCCUCCUGAACUUUCUAGCCUCUAAUUCCUUCUUUUUCUAAUUAGCCAUUUGGUAGAGGUGACUUCCAAUAGUCAAAUAAUAAGUACUAUAAUAUUACUAAUAAAAGUAAAUGAGUCAUGGUUGAGAGAACUGUAUACACAGUUGAAUGCACACAAAUGCACACACCAGAAUUUCAAAUAUUCUUAUUUAUUUCAUGCACAGUUCUUUCACACCUUCACUACCAUCCUAGACCUCCUAUUCAGUGCAGCACCAGUAAAAUAGCAUGAUCUUAGCUUUACCUUACCAAGAAAGUUGGGGAGCUUGGGUGUGAGCCCCUUCAACUUUUCACCUCCAUACCUGUAAAUUUACAGUUAAUUAUUAACCAGGAUGUGAUAAGGGUAGAUAUUAUUGAUAACCCAGUGUUAGGAAAAUGUGAAUAAAAGCAAAUGUGGUAUAAAAUGAAUUUAUAAACUUAGUUAAAAGUACGUUGGGGGACAUAUUUUCUCUUAUGCAGAAUUGCAGAGCUCCUUUUUUACUUUCCUAGUCCAAAUCCUGUAUAGUAUGUUUGUCCUUUAGCAAAUGGUUCUUUUUCAAUAAUCUGCGGCUAGAUACUUAACCCUAGUUGUGCAUCAAAAGCGUAUGAGGAGCUUUCUUGACAAGAGGUGUCUACCUCCUGUGUAUCAUUUGGAUUCGCAAAAGCCUUAAAGUGAGAACUGUUUUGAGAACAUUUGGUAGGUGCAUGUCCAACUGUAAUUUUUCUAGGGAUCACCUGUGGCCCUCCCCUCAGAGACUCAUUGAGCCUGGUGGAGGCUGUAGGGUGGAGAAAUUUGCUUUUUGCAUUACUGUAUGUCACAUGAGAAGGCAGGGGAUUUAAAUUUGCUGCUGCCCCCUUCAGCCAUACAGCACGCCCAGUUUAGUCUGUGCUCCAGCCGAAGCUGCACUCAAAUGUUUUUCAGUCCUUAGCUUAGUGGACGUCUCUCUCUUCCGAGUGGCUGAGAGGGCAGCUCUACAACCAGACUGCCCGUGUCCAGAUCUUGGCUCAGCUCCUUACUGUGUUUAUCUUGAGUGAACUCUUUACCUCUUCUGUGCCUAAGUUUCUUCAUCAGUAAAAUAGGAUUACAGUAAAAACUGCCUUAUAUGAUUCUUUUGAAAGAUUAAACAGGUUUCUAUUUUUAAAAAGUUAGAAAAUGCCUGCCACAAAGUAAUGUGUUCACUAAUUGUCAGCCGUUUCAUAAUUUGUCACUAUUGGCUUCUGCUCAUGAUUUUCAGAAUCUCUGCCUUCCUGAGACAGGUUUCUUUGGACAACCCUCAUACCUACCUGCAUUCUAUGUUGUUUUCUUUCUACUCCUUAAAUAUCAGUAUUGUCAAGGUUCUGUACUUGGUCCUCUUCUAACUCUUCACCCUUCUUGGAUGGUCAUGUCUGCUAGUUUGUCUUCCUGUACUGCCUACAUACUUAUGAUUCACAAGUUUGUGUUCCUAACCAAACCUCCCUUGUGCAUGUUAGAGCCACAUGUAUGUCCACUUGUCUGUUCAACAUAGGAACUUGGAUGUUUCAUAGGCACUUUAAACUUUGCAUAUCCAAAACUGAAUUCACUACUUCUUCCCAAGCCUGAUUCUCUUAUAUUCUCUUGGUAAAUGAUACAAUGAUUCAAAAAUAGGGAAUUAUUCUCAAAUCUGCAUUUUUAUUUCCCAUUGAUUACCAGGUGUCAACAGGUCAGCUUUUUAAUACCUUGCCCAUGCAUCCCUUCACUACUAUGUUGAUAAGGUUUCUCAUCUUUUAAUUUGGACAGUUGGAUUUGGCCCUGAGUGUCCUAUCUUUGACCUUGCCCCCUUAAUCCAUCUUUCAUACUGUUGGCAGAUAACCUUCCAAAGAGGUUUUGCAUAUCUGUCGUCCAUUGCUGGGCUGAACUCCUUUAAAGGGAAGUAGUAUCUCCUGUUUUUGUAGCCCUAGUACCUGUUAAAAUGUCUGGCAAUUUAAUAAAGGUGCAGUCUUGCAGGUUGUCUGGUCCUCCAGUCACCUUAGACCUGCAUGGUCUAGUAUGAUAGCCACUAGCCACCUGUGGCUAUUUAAAUUUAAAUCAAAUAAAAUUAAAAUUAGUCAUCCUAGCCGUAUUUCAAAUUCUCAAUAGCCACAUGUGGCUAUUGGCUACCAUAUUGAAUGACAUAUUUUAGAACAUUUCUGUUAUCACAAAAAGUUUCAUUGGAAAGAGCUACCUCAGACCCUUGCUGAUACAGACAUCUUCCUCUAUUAACACCCCUGGAAAAUUCAGGCACCCUCAAAGGGCUAACCUGAACAAACUGGCCCUCAGCAUUUACGCCUCCUUACCUUGAUUCUGCCAUUAACCACUUUACUGCAUCUGCUCUUCAGAGAGCACCUCUACCAGUCAGGAGAGCCCACACAAGGUAUUUCGACAGUGGAAAUGUGGUAGAGGCAUUAGAGGGUAACCCAGAGAGCCUAGCUGCAGGAUGCAGCUACUGUUCCUGGGGGUAGGGAAACAAAAGGGGAAAAGUUGGGGUUACCGGAACCUUGGCGCUGCAAAAAAGGGGUCCCCAUGGAGUUGGUGCUCAAACCUCUGAGAAGGUUCACCACCUAAGUGCUCUUGCUACUUCUGAGGGAUGCAAUGAAGAUAGUUGUAGAAGUUCUGAAAGUAGUUGAAAACUGGAAUCAAUUGAAAUUAUUAGGUCACUGGUAGGAAUGGCAAGCAAAGACAAAGAAGUAAAUCUUGAUUUCCUCUUUCUACUCUACAGCUUUUCUCUAGUACUUCAUGGUGACAGAACCUACAUGGAGUGCAGCCAAGAGAUCAGGAAAAUGCAGUUUGCAGAGUCCCAGCCCCACCAUCACAGAGCAGGGAUAAAAGGGUAGAACUGGAGCUGAGAAACAGUAGGUAUAGAACCUACACACUAGUUUCCCCUCAAAGAUUUUCUUUUUAUCCAAGUAUGAUAAUCACUAAAAUGCUACAUAUUCAGAAAUGUAUCAUAGACUGUCUCUGGGACCUCAAGAGUAAAUACACUAGUUCUGAUUGAAAUCUUGCUGCUUUUUUUUUUAAGUCAAAUAAGACUGUUUAAUGAUGCUAUUUAACGCCUUAUUUUUAAAAUCAGCAGUGGAAGGAUGUAUAUAUAACAUGAAUUCAUGCCCAUUCAUUCACACAUUUUGCUUGUGUAUAUCUGCCAGGUAGUGUGUUUAUAAAACAAACUUAAUUAGACAAAAGUAAUAAUCCACCCAAAUGCAUCCAUCUACCCAGAGUUAGACAAUUAACAUUUUUGUGUUGAUUCCCCUGGAUAUCUUUCUGUGCAUGUGCCCGUAUACAUGCACACAUAACAACUAUCUAAAUGAUUUUCAUAAAAAUUUUAAAAAUAUAAUGUAGACGUAUUUUCAAGAAUGUGUAUAUAUCUCUCUUACUGCUCUACGGUAUUUGAUUAUAAGGAAGAUGUACAAUAUUUACUCAUGGUCAUACAGUAUAGGCUGCUGCUUAUGUUUUUGUGUGUAUUACUUUUAUUCCUUUUGUCUUUCUGCUAAAUUUUUAGAUGUAUAACUUCUGUCUGAGUUACGGAGUAUACAGAUAUAAGAUUUUAAGCUAAAUUGUUAAAUUGUCCUUCACCAAACUAUUCCUGUUUACACUGCCACCACUAGUGCAUGAGAGUGUGUUUCUUCACAGGUUCAAAAACAUAGAAUAUUAUCGGUCUAAUAUUUUUCAGGGACAGCCAAAAAUUUAUUGUAUUUUUAAAAUUUUUAAUGGAAGUGAGUAUAUUUCAAUAUGUUAAUGGCUGUUUGUACUUAUGACCUUUGUGCUUUUUCUGUUGAGUGUUCAUGUCUAUAAAUUUGCAAUAGCUCAUAUUAGGAAUCAUUAAUUCUUUAUUACACACGCUGCAAAUUUUUUCCUUCUGUCAUUUAUUUUAAGCUUGCUUAUAAUAUUACUGUUUUAUGACUUUGUUUUUAUGUAAUCAAAUCUGUUGACCUGCCUUAUAAUUUUUGCCUUUGAUAUCAUGAAGAAUUUUCCCUGUUCAAGAUUAUAAAAAUACUCACCCGUGUUUUCUUCCGAUAGUUUUAUGAUUUUCUGUCAGUCUUUAAUGCAGUUGGAUAUUAUAUUAAAGGGUGAGGUAAAAAUUCACAAAUUUUUACCAAGAUCAUCUAGUUGCCUGUAAAACAUUUCCUCUUUUCCCUUACUGAUCUAAAGUGUAAUCUCCACUAGAUAAUAAAUUUUUAUAUUUGAUAUUUAUGAACAUUAUUCAGUUCCACUUAAUGAUUUUGUCUAUUCAACUACCGUUACUAAUUUAAUGACUGUUGUUUUAACAUUGAUUUAAAAUACUUGUUUUAUAAUUAAUAUGCAUUUUCCUGAUAUCUAAUGUCGUGUUAUGCCCCAACACAGACACCCUUAAUACUCAUUUUUUUCCAGAGUUUUCUGUACUCUUUUACACAUAAGCUUUAGAAUUAUUCAAUCUUCUUUCAAAUAAAAAUCCUAUUGGCAUUUUGAUUGUACUUACAUUGGCUUACAUAGAUUGGCAUAUAAGAAAUCAUGGAGCUUUUACAAUGAUGAAUCUUCCUAUCCAAAAAACAAUACUGUCUGUCCUCUUAUUAGAUUCCUCUCACAUGUCUUUCAGAAGUUUAAAAGUUAU